AAAUACAACAAUAUCAACAACAAAUUGAAUUGUGUGUAGAAGGUGUGGGGUUCCCAGACCGCACUGUCAACUGUUUUAGUGGAGGUCCCAACAACGCCCGGUGCCACUGCGCGCUCUGCUGACGCAACCACGUCGCUGUGGCUCAAUGCGAUGGCGGACCGCAAUGUCCCCAGACCUGCCCAGAGAGGGACGGAGCAAAGUCACGGAGACACUCUCACCGGCUCCCUUCAACUGACUACCUGUUAAAGAGAGGUCGCUGCCUUUGUCGUUCCUCGUGAAAUAGUAUGUGGGACGGGAUCUGCUCGGAGUGCACUGACCGGGACGAGCCAGAAGUGGAGUGAGGAGCAGAGCGCCGGGCUGACGCACCGCAUGUUGAUCGAGCAAGUUGACUGAAAUAACAAAAGUCGCGUCGACGAGGAAGGGGAAAGCCGCUCUUGGAUUUAACUGAGAUUUAAGGGGAUAGUUUGUCUGGCAAAAAUGAAAUUCGCGGAGCAUCUUUCGUCCCACAUUACUCCUGAGUGGAGGAAACAGUAUCUUCAGUAUGAGGCAUUCAAGGAUAUGCUGUAUGCUGCCCAGGACCAAGCCCCGUCCAUAGAAGUAACAGAUGAAGACACAGUGAAAAGAUACUACGCUAAGUUUGAAGAGAGGUUUUUUCAGACCUGCGAGAAAGAGCUUCUGAAAAUCAACACAUUCUAUUCAGAAAAGCUUGCUGAGGCACAGAGACGUUCUGCCACGCUGCAGAAUGAGCUGCAGUCUUCACUGGACGCUCAGCGCGAGAGCAACGCUCCACCCGGCCUGCGGAGACGCAAGACGAUGUUCCACCUGUCGCAGGAGGAGCGCUGCAAACACCACAACAUCAAGGACCUGAAGCUAGCCUUCAGCGAGUUCUACCUCAGCCUCAUCCUGCUCCAGAACUAUCAGAACCUAAACUUCACUGGUUUCCGUAAAAUCUUGAAGAAACAUGACAAGAUCCUGGAUACUUCUCGCGGAGCCAACUGGCGUGUGAUUCAUGUUGAGGUGGCACCUUUCUACACCUGCAAGAAGAUCACGCAGCUCAUCUCCGAGACUGAGACCCUCGUCACCACAGAGCUCGAGGGAGGAGAUCGUCAGAGGGCCAUGAAGAGGUUGAGAGUUCCUCCGCUGGGGGCAGCUCAGCCUGCUUUGGCCUGGACAACCUUCCGUGUGGGUCUCUACUGCGGCUUCUUCAUCAUUCUCGCCAUCGCCUUUGUCCUUACUGGUGCUGUGUUCUUCCGCUCUGAGAAUGUGUGGCCACUAGUGCGGAUCUAUCGGGGAGGUUUCCUGUUGAUCCAGUUCCUUUUCCUGUUGGGCAUCAACACUUACGGAUGGAGACAGGCUGGAGUCAACCAUGUCCUCAUCUUCGAGAUCAACCCCCGAAACAACCUCUCACACCAACACCUGUUUGAGAUUGCUGGUUUCCUGGGUGUGUUGUGGUGUCUUAGCAUCCUCUCCUGUCUCUACUCAGAGUACACCUACCUCCCCAUGCAGAUCAACCCGCUCAUCCUUUAUGGCUUCAUGGUGCUCUUCCUUCUUAACCCCUUCAAGACCUGCUACUACAAAUCACGUUUCUGGCUCCUCAAGCUGCUGUUUCGUGUCUUCACAGCACCGUUUCACCGGGUGGAGUUUGCAGACUUCUGGCUGGCUGAUCAGCUCAACUCUCUGGUGUUUGUUCUGAUGGACCUCGAGUAUCUCAUCUGCUACUACAUCUUUGAGCUGCAGUGGAGCAACAGCAAGGGCCUGCUGCCCGAGUUCAAGGACUCUGAUGGCCAUGUAUGCCACAGCUACUCGUACGGACUGCGUGCCAUCAUCCAGUGUCUGCCCGCCUGGUUCCGCUUCAUUCAAUGCCUGAGGCGUUACCGUGACACCAAGAGGGCCUUCCCUCACCUGGUGAAUGCUGGGAAAUAUUCAACCACCUUCUUUGUCGUCACCUUUGCUGCACUCUAUGCCACGCACAGAGAGCAAGGACACAUGGACGCCGACAUGUUCUUCUACCUGCUGAUCGUGUUCUCCAUUAUCAGCUCCCUGUACACUCUGAUCUGGGAUCUGCGCAUGGACUGGGGUCUGUUUGACCGCGGAGCUGGAGAGAACACCUUUCUCAGAGAAGAAAUUGUUUACCCACACAAGGCCUACUACUACUGUGCUAUUAUAGAAGAUGUGAUCCUGCGUUUUGCCUGGACGAUCCAGAUCUCUCUGAGCACAAUGACCAGGAUCCACUCUGUGGGCGACAUUGUAGCCACCGUGCUGGCUCCCCUUGAGGUCUUCAGGCGUUUUGUGUGGAACUUCUUCCGUCUGGAGAACGAGCACCUGAACAACUGUGGUGAGUUUCGUGCUGUGAGGGAUAUCUCCGUGGCGCCGCUCAACGCUGACGACCAGACGCUGCUGGAGCAGAUGAUGGACCAGGACGACGGUGUCCGGAACCGCUCAGGCAAGAAGACCUGGAAGAGGUCUUACAGCCUGUCCCUCCGACGCCCCCUACUAUCCUCACAGUCAAAAAAGGACACAAAGGUGCUAAUUGAAGACACGGAUGAUGAGGCUUUCAGCUGAGUCCACAACGUCAGCAAGUACACACAAACACAGCCAUACUAUACUUAUAAGGACCUCACUUACUAACAACCAACCUUGACCCUUCUCCAUGGUAGUGAUGUGAGUAGUAACCCCCCUCCCCCCACCCUCAGUCUAAACCUUUAAAGCAGUGAGGGCCUCAGGCUGUCCUCAUUUUGGACAAUUUACCUCAUCUUUACAACCUCGUGAGUAUAUUUGGUCUUUAUAAGUAUGGAGAGACACACACAGUACACACUAUAUCGCAAACCCACAGAAAGAAAAACCUGCUAAAGCACAAACAUAGUGUAAUAAUACUACAGUUGAGAAGAGAGCUAAUGCCACACACAGACAGACACACAGACAGACACACAGACAUACAGAUGGACAGACGUCAAGGGAAAUCUUCUGCACAUAAAUGGAAACACAGACCACACUGCCCUGGGACUUUUAAAGGCCUUUUUUUCAAGUAUGUGUUGUUUAAUUUGUGUUUCUUUCGAUUUUUAUUGACAUUUUCUGGAUUUAAUUUGGAGAAGCUGCAUAGAGGCCUUUUUUUUAAACUACUCUAGGAUCAACAGGGAGAAGACAAGCCAAUCAAAAGACUCAAUCAGUAGAAACCUGGGGAAGGACUCAACCCAAAUCACAGCAUAUCAAAAACAAAUCAACUGGUUUCAACUUGUUGAUUCUUUUUAUACCUUUUUUUUUUGGUUGAGUUUGUAACAACGUCCGUGUACAAUCACAACCUGGAGGCACUUGCAGGAAAAGUGCAUUUAAUACACAAAAUGUGAAAAAAAAAACACAAAAAGCAAUGUUUUGUUUCAAACAUUUCUAGUCUGUGAAGGUGCUUUGUAAUAAGUUUAAUAUAUUUUGAUGCGCAUUAUUACUCUGUUGCAAUUGUUUGGUACUUCUACACGUGUUGUUUAUACUAGUACGACUAGUUUGAGCCUCCACACGAUGAUUGUUAAUGUAUUUUAUACGGUGUGGUAUGUUUUCUCUUGGUUGGACUUGUGCCACGUUUUAAAUAAGUUCAUAGUUAGACCUCGAUUUAUCCCUGACCUCACAUUAGACCGUGUGUCAUGUCAUCUUAAAGUGCCCUAUUAGCUACACUAUGUGCAUUUAUGUGCUAUUUUUUGCAUUAACUACCAAAGCUUUAUUUUUAAGAAUGUGUCCAUCCAGCAUAAAGCUUGUUUAAAGAUUUUUUUUUUUUUUACAAAAGUACACAUUUAGUUUUAUCAGGUAGGUUCUGUCUUGUUGAAAAUCCCCAGUAUAUCCAAAUGUUACCUUACAAAAGUGCAUAUGCCAGUGGUUCUCAAACUGAAGUGAGACCAGGGGGCAAAUGUGCCAAUUUAAAAAUUGAAUGAAUCUGAUUAAUGACGGUUACAAUAACCAAACAAGAAAGCACCAACGCUAACAAGGCUAGGCUAGCAAGAUUUCAGAAAAGCAAAACGACAUGUCAAGUACAAGAUCGAUCCAUGAUUGACCAGAAAGAAAAUCAAAUAGGAACAGGCUCAUCUUGCUCCCAUGUUUACUAUUAAUACAGCAGUGGAGCCUUUGUGGUCAACUUGUUCAGAUUGGACCAUUUUGUUCCUAGCGUUUUCAACAUCAACUGAAUUGGUUUCACCUUUCAAAGUGGGGAAUGACAGAAAAGGUCUGAGGACCGCCGCCAAAACAAAAACAAAACAAAACAAAAACAAAUUGUCGAUAUACGUUUUGUUGAUAAUUUGAGCUACUUUUUGUAUCAUGUGGGUUCCUUCCUCCAACAAAAAGCUUGCGCUAUAACCAAAGGAUUCAGCCUCUUUUGAUUGGAUUUAAAUUAUACUUUUAAAACAGAAUGCACGUGGAUGUAAAACCUCAUCCAGCUUCAUCCAUUCGAAACAAAACAAUCGGGUUCAUUUUAUGACGAUUGGGCGACCCUAAAGCUCCCAUUGAGUAACUCGGAAGCAGUCGAAUCUGCAAAAGCUCUUUAACAGUUAAUAAUCUCUCACGUUUCAGCACAUUCAGCGAUCCUGUCACCAGAUUAAUGUUUGUUUGUUUGUCUCUAUUGUUGCCUUGAUUAUUUUAGCACUUUUAUAAAAAAAAAA